UUAAUUUCCUGCCAGGCGGGGCCCCCCUCCCCCCGCAACCUCCCCAGCCCUCCUCCCCGCCCCCCACUCCCUUCUUUUCUUGCGGUGGACCAGUCUGGCUUGGGUUUAGAUCCAUCCCCCCCACCCCCAUCCCGAAAUAAUCCAGAGACUUCCCCUACCCCCACCCCAAAUUAUUAUUUUGAAGGCGCUAGAUCUGGGGACCGAAAGGGGGAGGGGGAGAAAUCGGAAACCGAGGACAACCCAAAAGGACUCACUUUGCCUGAUGACUCAACGCAACUAAUAAUCAUCUCCCUCUCAGUGUGUCUCUGCGGCUUGUCAGUGAGUCCGGCUCUGGCUGCUGGCAGAGGCGGCCGAGAGGGGAGAGGCUGGAGGUGACAGCUUGGGCGGUCGCCGCGUUUCCUCCCGCGCGCGGUCCCGGGUCCCUGCGUCUUCUCGGCUCUUGGUGUCACCGGUCCCACCGCUCUGGCCGCGCCUCCUCGCGAGCUAGCCGCCGUGCGAACCGGCAGCCCCGGCCCGCCGCCGCCGCCGCCGCCGCUGCCUCCGGGUUCUCAGCCCUUUCUCUCCAGAACGGGUCUCCUUCCCGAAGGUGUGAAAAGGCUCUUUCAGCCUCCUUCUCUUCCCCCCUCCUCCGCCGUCCCCUCCCCCGCUCGCUCGGGUGUCCCUUUGGAGGAGUCCUUUCCCUCUCCUCCUCCUCCCCCUCCUCCCUCCCCCCAUCAUCAUCAUAACAACCAUCUCCGCACCAGAAGAAGACACCCUGACCCAGGACCUUAAACAUUAGGACCUGGGAAAGAGGGAAGGGGAAGGAGUAAAGAGGAAGACUAGGAGAACACUGCAAAGCCAAGCACCAGAAACUUUCCACCCUGGAUUCUCUACUUUUGCUCCAUGGACAGAGCCCCAGUCAGCCAAGUUUCAGACAGACCGUGAGCAGUAAGUACGCAGGGCGAGGGCUCCCGUGCCGCGCUCGGGAGUUCGGGGAAGCCCAGGGCCAACGAAGUUCCCUCCCCGCCGCUCUCGGCCUCUCGGACCGCGAAGUCGGGGAAUGCAGGCGGAAGCCUCGCCCUCAGCCCUCCUGCUCCGUGUCUUCAUCUCGCACCCUUCCUUUCACCUCCCCCUCCACCCCCACCUUGUCUCCUUGACCCGUGGCGCCGACGCUGCUCGCGCGGCCAGAGCGCCCACGAGGAUUCCCAGCGCGCACGCAGUACGGUGCCGGGGUCUUGCUUCUUGCGGGUGUCAGUGACAACGCGAGCGCCGUUUCAUCAGGUGUUUCCCCUCCUUCCCCGCCCCCCUACCCCCCCAAUCCAGGGGUGUCGAGACCUGCGGCUUCCGUGGGGAGCGCACUGCCAACCUAGUGACCCAGAGGAAAACUUUCUGGAGCGAUGUUAAAAUUGGGGCGGAUGAAGGCUGCUCUUGCACUAAGAAUUAAAAUGCUUUUUGCUUUUGUGUUUUAUAUUGAAGAGCUUUAAAAAAGCACUCGGGAUCAGAUGAAGAUAAGAACGCUCCAAAAUAAUAACGAUUGUAGCGCCCGCCUUUGUGAUGGAGGUUAUUCUGAUAAAUACCUCCAAGUGUUUUCGGAUGCUUAUUAAUGUGGAAUUAGGGUUGAUUUUAUGCAGGUGUGUGCUUAUCUCAGGACUUGCUCCGUAUAGGUAAAAAGCGGGUAUUCAAGGGGUUCUUUCGCCCGGCCUUUGGCUCUUGCCUGGCCAUUCACAGCGCAUUUACCGGGUGGUUAAUUCGGUUAUGGACUUGCGCACACCCCCAACUCUCUUCCCAUGUGGGUGGAACGUCUUUUUCUGAAGUUCACUUAUUCCGCAACCCUGACCCCGGGACGGGCUAGGCUGUAGCACCCAGGAACGGUUUAUGCCAACCCCGUCCCAAUGAAUGGACCACUUCUAGGCGCCCCUGGGUGCCAACCCCGGCCGCGACUCCGAGGGCUGACUUCUGGGGAGCUGCGACUGGGCAGAGUCGCCGAACCGAGGCGCUGGGCUUCCUGGGGGCCGCCCAGUGUAAGGUCCCUGUGCGUUUUAUUGCGACCUGCCGGUGGGAACUUUGUCUCCGAGUCGGAGCAGCAUGGAGCGGCGGAGCGAGAGCCCGUGUCUGCGGGACAGCCCCGACCGGCGGAGCGGCAGCCCGGACGUCAAGGGGCCUCCCCCGGUGAAGGUGGCCCGGCUGGAGCAGAACGGCAGCCCCAUGGGAGCCCGCGGGAGGCCCAACGGCGCCGUGGCCAAGGCCGUGGGAGGUUUGAUGAUUCCUGUCUUUUGUGUCGUGGAGCAGUUGGACGGCUCUCUUGAAUAUGACAACAGAGAAGAACACGCCGAGUUUGUCCUGGUGCGGAAAGAUGUGCUUUUUAGCCAGCUGGUGGAGACUGCGCUCCUGGCCCUGGGGUAUUCUCACAGCUCUGCGGCCCAGGCCCAAGGAAUAAUCAAGCUGGGAAGGUGGAACCCUCUCCCCCUCAGUUAUGUGACAGAUGCACCCGACGCGACAGUGGCCGACAUGCUACAAGAUGUCUAUCAUGUUGUGACGUUGAAAAUCCAAUUACAAAGUUGUUCAAAGUUGGAAGACUUGCCUGCGGAGCAGUGGAACCAUGCCACAGUCCGCAAUGCCUUAAAGGAACUGCUCAAAGAGAUGAACCAGAGCACAUUAGCCAAAGAAUGCCCUCUCUCCCAGAGUAUGAUUUCAUCCAUUGUAAAUAGCACAUAUUAUGCCAAUGUGUCAGCAACCAAGUGCCAGGAGUUUGGGAGAUGGUAUAAAAAGUACAAGAAGAUUAAAGUGGAAAGAGUGGAACGAGAAAACCUUUCAGACUAUUGUGUUCUGGGCCAGCGUCCAAUGCAUCUACCAAAUAUGAACCAGCUGGCAUCCCUGGGGAAAACCAACGAACAGUCUCCUCACAGCCAAAUUCACCACAGUACUCCAAUCCGAAACCAAGUGCCCGCAUUACAGCCCAUCAUGAGCCCUGGUCUUCUUUCUCCCCAGCUUAGUCCACAACUUGUAAGGCAACAAAUAGCCAUGGCCCAUCUGAUAAACCAACAGAUUGCCGUUAGCCGGCUCCUGGCUCACCAGCAUCCUCAAGCCAUCAACCAGCAGUUCCUGAACCAUCCACCCAUCCCCAGAGCAGUUAAGCCAGAGCCAACCAACUCUUCCGUGGAAGUCUCUCCAGAUAUCUACCAGCAAGUCAGAGAUGAGCUGAAGAGGGCCAGUGUGUCCCAAGCUGUCUUUGCAAGAGUGGCAUUCAACCGCACACAGGGAUUGUUGUCUGAGAUUCUGCGUAAGGAAGAAGACCCUCGGACAGCCUCUCAGUCUCUUCUAGUAAACCUGAGGGCCAUGCAGAAUUUCCUCAAUCUGCCAGAAGUGGAGCGAGAUCGCAUCUACCAGGAUGAGAGGGAGCGGAGCAUGAAUCCCAAUGUGAGCAUGGUCUCCUCGGCCUCCAGCAGUCCCAGCUCCUCCCGAACCCCUCAGGCCAAAACCUCGACACCGACAACAGACCUCCCUAUUAAGGUGGACGGCGCCAACAUCAACAUCACAGCUGCCAUUUAUGACGAGAUCCAACAGGAGAUGAAAAGGGCCAAGGUGUCUCAAGCCCUGUUUGCCAAAGUGGCUGCAAAUAAAAGUCAGGGCUGGCUGUGUGAACUGCUCCGCUGGAAGGAGAACCCAAGCCCAGAAAACCGCACCCUCUGGGAAAACCUCUGUACCAUCCGUCGCUUCCUGAACCUUCCCCAGCAUGAGAGGGAUGUCAUCUAUGAGGAGGAGUCAAGGCAUCACCACAGCGAACGCAUGCAACACGUGGUCCAGCUUCCACCUGAGCCGGUGCAGGUACUUCAUAGACAGCAGUCUCAGCCAGCCAAGGAGAGUUCCCCUCCCAGAGAAGAAGCGCCUCCCCCACCUCCUCCGACUGAAGACAGUUGUGCCAAAAAGCCCCGGUCUCGCACAAAGAUCUCCUUAGAAGCCCUGGGGAUCCUCCAAAGCUUUAUUCAUGAUGUAGGCCUGUACCCCGACCAGGAAGCCAUCCACACUCUUUCGGCUCAGCUGGAUCUCCCCAAACACACCAUCAUCAAGUUCUUCCAGAACCAGCGGUACCACGUGAAGCACCACGGGAAGCUGAAAGAGCACCUGGGCUCCGCGGUGGACGUGGCCGAAUAUAAGGACGAGGAGCUGCUGACCGAGUCAGAGGAGAACGACAGCGAGGAAGGCUCCGAGGAGAUGUACAAAGUGGAGGCUGAGGAGGAAAAUGCUGACAAAAGCAAGGCAGCACCUGCCGAAAUUGACCAGAGAUAAUGUGAACUUCUACUAGGCAAAGCAAUACAUCGGUCCAAGGAUUUUCUGCUUUCAUUUCUUUAAAAGUUUUUUGUUAGUUUGUUUUUUGUUUUUGUUUUUGGGGUUUUUUUGCUUUAUUUUUGUCUUUUUAUGUCUGUUUUGUUUUUCUUACCCUUUUGGACAUUUCUUUGUUGCACAGGAUACACCUAUAGACUGAAUAAGUUCAGUAUUUCCGAAUCAGACAUCGCCUUGGCAAAGACACUAAAGCGUUACACUUUAUCCCGUCUCUAUGACUGGAUCAUAGUCAUUAUAAUCACAGGAGACUCUGCCUUCAUUAUCCUUGCACUUAACGGAAGUUACAUCAGGCAAGUUCCAGGAUGAAAAGAACUAUGAAAUAAAUGAAGGAAGCUACAAGUGUGUGUGUAUAUGUAUAUGUAUAUAUCUCUAUAUUUACAUAUAUAUAUUAAAAUUGCAUGGGACAGAGACUUUGCAAUCCGAAAGAAUAGACUGUGAAAUGAGUUCUUAAAGAAAAGACUUGUUUAUGUAUUAAAAAAACCACUUCACAGUGAGUCGCUUUGGCUUUUUGAUAAACUGCGGCCUGCUCUCAGGGUGGGGUGACUAUUUUUGAAUUCCUAUUUAUUUUUUGUGUUUGUCCCUGAUUUUUUUUUUUUUAAUUCUAUGGCUUCCUAUCUGGCAGCUUAAUGGGUAAUUUUUGAGGUAUGUAUUUAACAAAAUAAACGACACUGCCGAAAAAAAAAAAAGUGAAGUGAAAAAAAUCAGGGCACAUUAAAAUGAUACAAGUCAAAUAAAUCUUAAAGACACAAUGCACACUUAAAAUGACUCAAUAAAAUGACUUGCUACGUUCCGUUAUUCAAUUUGUCAUUACUGUAGUGAACAGAUGCAUUUCUGUGGAAUUCCAAAUAAGUAAAACUGAAAUUCAGUGCAGAGAAAACUUUGUCCAUUAGUGCAAGUCUUGAUCAAAUGACAUUUUGACAUUGGACAUAUGGAAUUCAUAGUAUGAGCCACAUUUUGUUGUGAAAUUUAUUUACCUGCUUGUGGCUUCAAAUCUGAAAAUUAAUAAGCCUGCUCGUUUAAAAGUUGUUUGUUGUUGCUGUUUUUUUUUGUCUUUUUGUUUUUUACUAGAAAAUAGUUCAGUGUAAUAUUAAGUUAGAAAAGAAGUUGCUGCCCAGUUAAAGGGGUUCCCUCUCAAAUAAAUCUCCAUCCUUCCCUCUCCCAAAAGACAUUUCUGAUUUCUGUUUCACUUUGGGCUUCCUCUUCUUCAUACACAUUCCAUCUACCUAAUCAAACAUUUUCAGUCCCUGAUCUCUCCUGUCCCUUUUCCUGGGAUGACAGCCCUAACAAGAACUGUUUUUGAAUUGUUGUGCAGCUCCAGGCAAUAGAGUAUGUGAAGCGAUUUCAGUAGAAUCACUUACUCAUCCUAAAAGAAAACAUUAUCCCAGUUACCUACAUCGCAAUUACCUUAUGUAAAGCAGAACUAAUGCUGACUGGAUGUUUAAUGGGAUGAGCAUUAAAGCUGCAAUCUACUAUAGUACUCCAGAUCUCUUUCAGCUUCCUAUAAGAAACACCAGAAGCAUUACUUUCCACUUCUACUUACAGUAAUUGCAAGAGGAGACCUCACAUUCAGGACUGGCCUAGUGAACGUAAUCCAUGCUUUAAACUGGCCAUUGAACAGUCCCACAUGGUUGGAUUUUUUUUUUUUUUUUUGAGUUGUGCUUUCAUGAAACCUUGUCAAAGACCUCAUGCAAUAUCACUUUGAAAGUUAUUUUCUGUUUACUACACAAACAUUGUAAUAUAACUGUUAAUACUAUUUAUAUAUUUGAAAGGUAUAAAAGGUAGGAGUUAAAAAAAAACCUCUAUGUGUAGAUAUUAACUCAGAACUUACAAUAUACAGGGAGAAGACAUGUUGCAAUACAAGCUAAUUCUAGCUGCUCAGUAACCUCUGGAGUUUUUAAAGGGACAUUUUCCUGUACUUUUUCAAAUAAUGAUGUUUAAAAAUUAUCUUGACAUAAGCGUCAUAUACCUUUGCAAAAGGAUGGUUGUUUGCAGUUAGCCCUGGCCCCAUCCUUCCUAUUUCUGUAGUAUGCUGCAGCUUUAAUCAGAAAGUCCAUGGUUGCUGCUUCCUGAUCUCCGAGUUACUCUUUCCAAAUUGUCUUCUUACACUGUUGCUGAAGGUCACUCUGUACACGUAAUGGAAACUGAUUUUGCCAAGCUCUUACAAGGUGGUUCAUCUAUCGAUGGCAUCCGCAUUUGGUAUCUUUUACACUUCAACCAAAAAUUUAUUAGGUAUUUUUCAAUGCUAAGUCUUGCCUUUUAUUUUUUAAUUUCACUGCCAAGUUUGCAGUGGUUCUAAGUGAAUCUGUGGGCAUUUUAGCCUGUGGUCUUGCCAGAUCUUUGCGAAUUACAAUGCAUAUAUGUCUAUUUAUUCAAUAUCUGUCAUAUAAUAUCUAUUUGGAAGAAGAAACUUUCUCUUGUAGUGCCUCUUGACAAAGCACAAUUUCCCGCCUUUUUUUUUUUUUUGUGAAAUGAAAAAAACAAAUUGUGUUUUAUUGCGGUAUCAACAAUGUGAAUAAGGAUUAACAUAUUGUAAAUGUUCUUUUUUCCAUGUAAAUCAACUAUCUUUGUUAUCACUAAGUGAUAAUUAAUUUUUAACUUAUGUGCAUUGUUAGGCUGUUAGAAUUUUUUGGUUGUUAAAAUAAACGCAUUCAAUAAAUA